AUGUUGGUACAUGGGCGAGCUGCAGGUCAAGUAGAUCGUAAUCAACUUGAGCUGCCUAUAUUUGUCAAACCGGAAGAUGGAGACACUAUACAGUACAGUUCUUUGUCUCUCUUUUCUCCAAUGAUUGAUCUAUCAAACAACAACAUGAGUGGAAGUAUACCUUCCGAGAUCGGCCAAAUGCAGUUUCUCAGUAAGUGGCAUCUUAGCUUCAACAACUUUUCUGGUGACAUUCCACACCAAAUAUCUAAUCUUAAAAAUUUGAAGGUAUUGGAUCUCUUCAACAAUCAUUUGUCUGGGAAGAUUCCAGCCUCAUUGACAUUCCUGAACUUGCUGGGAAUUUUUAAUGUCUCAUACAAUAAUCUGGAAGGACCAAUUACAACAAGCAUUCAAUUUCAAAGCUUCAGUGCGUAUGCAUUUGAAGGCAAUCCAAAGCUUUGUGGCGCCCUGCUUCAAAAAGAGUGUCAACCAAGAAAGGUCAUCGAUGGUGAUGAAAAGGGCAAAAACCAAGAUGUCGAGAAUGCGUAUCAAAAUCAAAAUCCAUGGUCUUAUAUUUCCAUUGUGCUUGGGUUCAUUACAGGAUUUUGGGGAGUUAGUGGUCCUUUGAUGCUCAAGAAGACAUGGAGAAAUGCAUAUUUUCAAUACCUAGACAAUGCUAAAAAUAAGUGUAAGAAUAUUUAG